CUGGCAGGACUGGCUAUCAUUGCCUUUGGGCUCUGGCUGAGGUUUGGUGGGGCCAUGGCAGACUUGACUUCAGACAAAAAGUCUCCAGAGUAUUUCUUCAUGGGCCUCUAUGUGUUGGUGGGAGCAGGAGCUAUCAUGUCUGCAGUUGGAUUUUUUGGGUGCUGUGGAGCAGCACGAGAGUCCCAGUGCUUACUUGGAGCAUUUUUUGCUUGCUUGUUGGUGAUAUUUGCAGCUGAGGUCACUGCUGGAGUAUUUGCCUUUAUAGGCAAGAAAGUGGCAAUACAAGAAGCCCAGAAAAUCUAUGAAGAUGCUUAUGAUGAUUAUAUGAAAAACCCAGCAGGGAAGUUCAACAGUACUAUCUAUCACUACCACGUGGCUCUCCAAUGCUGUGGUAAAGGUGUUGCAGAACAACAAACAGGAUUACCCUGCCCAGAGAAUAUCCAGGUGCCAAAGAACUGCCUGGUUGAAAUCGAGAAAGUAAUUGAUACUAAUCUACAUUUAGUUGGAAUUGUUGGAAUUGCAAUUGCUGGCAUCACA